AUGGCCAUGCUUACCACCCUCUUCCACAGACUCCGCAUGAAGAGCCACGUGAGAACGAUGCGCAUCACAGCGGGCCAAAUCGACUGCAACAUGCGGCCCAGCUAUAUCUUCCUCAAGCCUACAGCGCCCUACCUCCGAUUACAAAGUUUCAAGAAGGAACGGGGUGCGUGCAUAGAGCCCUCACGCUACCACGAGGAGCCGCUGGAAUGGUUCGAAGGCAUUGUCUCAGCCGUGUAUGCCUGUGACCUGCCCAUCACUACUUUGACGAUGGACACUGUCUCAGCGGACCUGGGCAUGCCGUUUGAGAAAUGGCAUCACGAGGAUCCGAAAAUCAUGGAAUACGUUGGAGAUCUUUUUACACCGCUCGAGUCUCUGGAUCUACCUUUAGUGUGCAUCAAUCGCGACCCAGAUAGCCGUCACGCAGAGUUCUCGGCUGUGGCAAAAGCCCUCACUUCAGCAACGAAAUUGAGACGGCUCCGCAUCAGAGCCAACACUGAGGAGGAGGGGAGCAUGCACGACAUUCUCGAUCUCCUCACAUGUCUCCCAGACGAGGCUCUGCCAGCACUUGAGACACUGAUCCUUGAGGGCGGCGAGAUCGGCACACUUCGCUUAACACAGAUGGUAAAGGCACGAGCUUCGCUGCGGCGGCUCGAGUUGGAGGAUGCGUAUCUAUUCGACGACCUCGACCUCGGCGGUCAAGUGUUUGGCGACGAUUACGAAGAUGCCGCUGAGGAAGUGAUGAGGGUGACGGGGUUCAGAGAAGUUGAUAUUGGCGCAGAUGUGGAGCUGGGGGAUGUUAGGCGGUGGUGA